AUGUUCUCGUUGCUCCUCUUCCUCGUCCACCAAACAUCUAGCUCGAUCGUGACAACGAGCGACCGCGUGAUCCUUACCGGGGCCUCGUACUUCCGGCCUAUGGUCGCGAAAACCUACGACCAGCUGAUCUUCGUGUCCUUCCCGCGCGAGCCGGAAACCAAAAUCCGCUUGGAGCCGGAAAAAAUAGCCUACCGUCCCUGCGACGUUCCCUUACCGGCGGUCGGUAAGCUCGGCUGGCCGCUGAGCCUCGACACCCUGGCCAACGGCAAACUCGUCCUCGGCAUCCUGACGAGCGAAAGCCUGCUCUCCGUAGUCAUAGAUCCGGACACUUGCGAGUCCAAGCACGCGCUGCUUACCCUCCACCGUCACGGGAUCAUCGACUACGAUGAUGAUGGUGUAUCGUCGGCAGAGCCGGUGAUUGUCGUUGGAGAGGAGUCGUUUGACGUUUUCCUUCCUGGACACAUGAACUGCACGGCGGGCAAGGCAUGUAGGUUGAGGUACGAUCAGAAUGCCGUGCUCGUUGGGACGACGGAUUUCGAACACGUGCUCGAAGGAGUUCCCUGGGACGUCAGCUCCGUGGGGGAGAAGGAGUUUUCUUGGGGGUACUUUGUUACGAGCUUCGACGAGGAUCGGACGGUCGUACGGUUGCUUGAUCAGGAUCUGCAGGUAAAAGCCGAAAAGGACCUACCGGGCAAGGCGUUCCUCCACUCGUCCGAGCUCCCCGGCCGGUUAAGCAGCUGUCGGGGCGUCUCGCUUCACGAGCUCGAGUGCGUGCUGUUGGACGAGGAGUUGCGCGCAAGCGCCAGCGUCCGAUUGGACGCCCAGCCGUACCGGCGGCACCUGCGCGCCGCGAGACUGGUCAGUUUGCCGGCCGGCGGGGCUUUGCUCUUCUUGGUCCUCCAGCUCGACGGGCAGAGCGAGUUUGUGAGCUACCUGCAGAGGAUCGACCCGCAUGGCAGGGUCGGACGGGCCCUGCCUUUUCAGGACGACGUGUGCAAGGAUCUAGGGAGGCUCGAGAGGCUCACCGUCUCGAGGAUGUACGACGGACUGGUUUGCCUGAGCUUGUCGUGCCGGCACUCCAUACGCACCAAGUGCGUCCAGACCUGA